UUGUCCCCUUUUUCUUCCUCUUUAGGGGUGGAGGCACAUGAUUUGUUAAGGCUUGUACUACAGAUGGUUUAGAGACCAUGCCGACAAAUCAUGUUUCUUCAUUCAAAAGAAGUGUCUCAAUUAGAUGGGUUAUAAAUAUUGUCCGUUUCUCUUUUCAUUUAACCGACAUCAUUCUAGUUUUUGGAGAUUUUUUGUUUCUAUUUCUCUUGUUGAAAUUGGUCUGGUCACAAUUUGAUAUUCAGUAUAAACAGCCUGAAAACUUAAAAACAGGUUAAAGGGGAUUCUAUAUAUGUUUCAGAAUUUCAUAUCAUAUCUUAAAUUCACUUAAAAUAUCUCAAAAUCUGCUGAGUGGCUUGAUGGUUGUUUAUUAUGCAAGGAUGAUGGAUCUUGAGGAGGGUUCAGGACCAGAGGACAGUGACACUAAACUACUUGAACAGGCCCACUUCACAGAGAUUCCAGAAGACUCCACAAGCGCCGAGGCAAAUGGCUCUGUUCAGCGCCAGAUGAUGAGUAAAAACAGGUGGUGUAGCAUAGUAUAUCGACGAGGGCAAAAGCAACUCGCCCGUCUUUUCCUGAAGGAAGCAGAGCAUGCCUUGCAGUUGGCAUUGAAUGAGGAGACCUAA